AUGGUAUUCACAGUGCCACCAGCGGUGCCACCUGCGGCAUAUCCGGCACCUCCUCCGAUCAUGCCCACUGCGUACCAGGCACCCCCGCCACUAGUGCCUACGACGUACCAGGCACCAUCUCCACCAGUGCCUACUGCACACUCGGCACCCGCACCAGCAGCAGUGGUUACUCCACAUCCGGUACCCCCACCUAUCGUACUUCCAGCCGCGCCCAUCUAUGCUGACCCUGUAGUGCCACCAGUGGCACCUGCCCCAACCUAUGCAGCAGCACCGGGGAUACCUCCCCCGGCCUAUCUGGCGGUACCAACUGUAGUACCAGCUCCAGUGGUUCCGCCAGUUCCCGCAGCAGUUCCUACUCACCUGAUUGAUAUAGUCGCGGCACGAGCCUGGAUUCCAGCAUUGGCAAAGUCGAUGAAGAGUCAAUUCACACUAUUUCGCGGAGAGACUGAUUCAAGCGUGGCCUAG